AUUUUACACUCGUUUUCUUGCCCUUUAAAGAAAUAAUUUUUUUAAAGAGUAUAAAACUAUAAAUUAUCCUCUCUCUCUUCUUUUUCGGGUUUCUAAAGCCGGUCCUCUGGAUUUCGUCUACUGUUCUCUCUCCUUCCCUUCCGCCGGAAAACCUCCUUUCCCCGCCGGAAUACCGCUGUAUUGUCCGGUUACUGCCCAUCUGAAUCUCGCCGUGAGCCUGCUCUUCUUUAUCUCAUUGAUUUUAUUCGCGUUUCCGCGUUGGUUCCGUGAGCCGGUUGAAGAGCGGUGUGGAUCUUUGCGUGCUACCGGUUCCGGCGCGGUUUGUUCGUUUUCGUCCUGGUUCGCGAGAAUGUGGCGAACCUGAAGUCCUGUUGCGGGUCGUUUAUGGAGGAGAUCGUGAUCUAGGGUUAGGUGAAAGGUUUUUCCGGUUGUUUUUUGUGGCGUUUUUGGUUCCGCGAGGCGUGAGAGGACGGAGACGUACAGAGGAAGAACUCGGAAUGACAUGGUGGAAGGAAGGGUUUGUUUGUCCAGAGAGGCUAAAAAUGGGUUAGAAUUUUUGAAGCGUAAAAGGCUUCAACGAAUGAAUUCAGUAACUGUGAAUGAUAGUGCAUAUGUCACAAGCACGAUGAACAGAAGUGGAGGAGAUGCUUUAAGAGCUUCAGCAUCGUGUGGUAUAAGAUUACAGAAUAAUUCAGAUUCAUAUUCUGGAUCUUGUGGCAUUUUGAAUGGGAAGGAUGCCUUUUCAAAGCGCAAGGUUGACAAGUUUGACAUGACGGAUCUAGAAUGGACUGAAAAAAUUCCAGAGUGUCCUGUAUACCACCCAACAAAGGAGGAGUUUGAGGAUCCUUUGGUUUAUCUACAAAAGAUAGCUCCUGAAGCCUCAAGAUAUGGUAUUUGCAAGAUUAUAUUGCCGUUGAGUGCUACUGUUCCUGCUGGGGUUGUGUUAAUGAAGGAGAAAGUAGGAUUUAAAUUCACAACUAGAGUACAGCCUCUCCGUCUUGCUGAGUGGGAUACUGAUGACAAAGUCACCUUUUUUAUGAGCGGAAGAAACUACACAUUUCGUGAUUUUGAGAAAAUGGCGAACAAAGUUUUCUCCCGAAGGUAUUGCAGUUCUGGAUGUCUUCCUGCUACAUAUUUGGAAAAAGAAUUUUGGCACGAAAUAGCUUGUGGAAAGACAGAAUCCGUUGAAUAUGCAUGUGAUGUUGAUGGUAGUGCCUUUUCAUCUUCUCCCAGUGAUCAACUUGGACUAAGCAAAUGGAAUUUAAAGAGACUUUCUCGGUUAUCAAAUUCUAUAUUGCGCCUUCUGGAAACAGCAAUUCCGGGAGUAACUGAGCCCAUGCUUUACAUUGGAAUGCUGUUCAGUAUGUUUGCCUGGCACGUAGAAGAUCAUUACUUGUAUAGUAUUAAUUAUCAUCACUGUGGGGCAUCAAAAACUUGGUAUGGCAUUCCUGGUCAUGCUGCAUUGGAAUUUGAGAAGGUUGUUCGUAAGCAUGUGUAUACCCAAGAUAUUCUUGCUACUGAUGGAGAAGAUGGAGCUUUUGAUGUGCUUUUGGGCAAAACAACUUUGUUUCCUCCAAACAUUCUUUUAGAGCAUGAUGUGCCUGUCUACAAGGCUGUGCAAAAGCCAGGGGAAUUUAUAAUCACCUUCCCUAGAGCAUAUCAUGCUGGAUUUAGUCAUGGUUUCAAUUGUGGCGAGGCAGUAAACUUUGCAAUUGGUGAUUGGUUCCCGCUGGGGGCAGUUGCUAGCCGACGUUAUGCGCUUCUUAACAGGAUGCCUCUCCUUCCACAUGAGGAACUCCUUUGUAAGGAAGCAAUGCUUCUUCACAUGAGUUCAGAACUAGAAGAUCCAGAUUAUUCAUUUUCGGACUUGCCCUCUCAUCAUUGCAUUAAGGUUUCUUUUGUUAACCUGAUGCGAUUUCAGCACCUUGCUCGGUGGUUUGUAAUGAAAUCAAGGGCAUGCACAGGCGUUUCUCUAUAUUCUCAUGGAACAAUUCUCUGCAGUAUAUGCAAACGUGAUUGUUAUGUGGCAUAUCUAAACUGCAAUUGUUCCUUGCAUCCUGUGUGCCUUCGCCAUGAAAUCGAGUCUCUUGACUUCUCAUGUGGGAGCAGUUGCGUUCUCUUCUUGAGGGAGGAUAUUGCAGACAUGGAAGCUGCAGCGAAGAAAUUUGAGAAGGAAGAUGGAAUAUUACAGGAGAUUCAAGAGCAUAUUAAAUGCGGUGAUGAUUUAUUUGGGCUCUCAAAUUUGUUGCCGAAUGCUGAAGAGGACAGAUACAUUCCUUACUGUGAGAUAAGCUUUACACUGAACUCUGCGGUUGUCACUACUUCCCAGGAUAAGUUACGGCAGCUAAAGUGCAAUUCAAGCAAUCAGUCAACACUUGGCAGUACUAGAGAAAAUUCUAGAACUGAAGUGUCUGAUGCUUCCUUUUCUUCCGCUGCAUUGACUUUUUGUUCCUUCUUGGAGCCAGUUGAAAGCUCUUCCUUGCCUAACAAUGUACAGGUGCAUGCUAACUUUAAUAUAGGCAAUCUUGUUUCUUCAAAGUAUUCUGAUGAAGUAUCUCACACAACAUGCGGAUCUUCUCUAUCUUCUAUUUCGUACGAGAAAUGUUUGAAUGCCCUUCAAGGCAAUCAAAAUGGAUCGGAGAUCAAGCCCAUCAUGGAUCAAUACAGUGAUAGCUCUGAUUCAGAGAUAUUCAGGGUUAAGCGUCGUUCUGUGAAAGUGGAGAGAAGAAAUCUGAACACUGCUGUGUCUUCAAAGCAUGUUGAACAGCAGGCUCGUAGGCGAUUGAAAAAACUCCAACCUGGGGGAAGAUCUGGACAAUUGUCUCCGCCAGAGUGCUGCAUAUCUGAUGAAGAAUAUCAUUGUUUUAGCCGGGAUGCUAUUUGUCCCAAAGAAGCUCCAGAUCGUGCAAUGAAGGAUAGGCUCACUAGAGGAGCUGCUGCUCCCGUCUCCACUAAAUUCAAAAAGAUGAACACUGAGGAAGCAGUGCAUCAACAGAGAGAACACCAUAGAGAGGAUAGGUUUCAGCACAACUUGGUAAAGACGAGAGAACCACCGUCGAUAGAGAUUGGGCCGAAGCGCCUUAAGGUCAGAGGCCCAUCAUUUUAAGGGUCAGAGUGCAGGUUAGAUUGAAGAUUAGAUUGCCAGAGGCCAACGAGAAAAUCUGGUUGACCUUUCUCUGGAGCAUCAUCAGGAGCCUGACUUUGCUAACUUGUUUUCUCUAAUGGGGUUCUAACGACAGGGAAACUAGGAAAAAAUUGAUUCUUGGAAGCAGCAACAGAAAUUAACCCAAGUUAGGAGGAUAAAAAAUUUAUAUUCUUUGUGCAGGCCUCAAAUUGGGGCGAUUUGCAUGAUUGGUGGUAAGUCUUGGGGUUCUCAAGCCGGGGUGUUUUUCUGUCUUUGGCAGGAGAACCUUCCUGCAAGCAGAAAUAGGUUUUUGGUUAGUGACAUAACCAUGUAAAUUUGUUGUUUUAUCAUUUUGAUCAUUUCUUGUCAGGAAGGUGGAAUAUUACCUCCUUCCCCCAUAUGUAGUUCAGACUGCUGCUUCCCCCUUAUUAGGGUUCUUUAUUCUUUUCUGUAGCAAAUGGGGUUCUUUGUACCUUGGACUACUUGAAUAAAAUGUGGAGAAAAAAAUGCCCUUUUUUUCCCUUCAGCA